AUGGCGUCAGCCUCAAUGCAUGACCCUGGCUACGCAGCCUUUGUCUUCGACCAGCUCCAAGUGCCUGGGAGCCAUGAUGGAUGCUGCCAGGUGUGUUCUACUCCCCUCCACCAGCUGAGGCAGGAGGCCCUGCAGACAGUAGGCGCCCCGGCCCUGAUCCUGAGCCACAACAUGCCCGCUUUGCCGUCCACCACCCUCACUGGGCAGCCCCAUAGACUGACACUCUCUUCCUCCAGUGCCCAUGUGAGGCAGCCCUCCAAAGCCCACCCCCAUGCCCACAAUGUCCUGCCCCUAGGGGAGAGGGGGCCCUGGGAGCUGGGCUGUCCGCAGGGCUCCUCUGUCUCUGCUGGGCCCAAGACCAGUGUCCAGGUGACGGUUGGGGGAGGGCAGCUGACCGGGACCCUGGGAUCGGUCACCAUCCAGGCCCAGCAGUACCUGGAAGGCAUGUGGAGCAUCUCCAGAGUCAACAACUUCCUCCCUCAGUCCAGCCCGGCACAGGGUCUGAUGGAGGAGGCAGAGAGGGAUGUCCCUUGCCCUACCAUGGCCCCUGUCCCCAGCUCCCACUGUAACCUGACACCCAGCCUACAGAAUAGCCCCGUCCAGCUGGGACAGUGUGCCGUCGGCCCCCCUGCCCCUGGCCCCACCUCUACAUCCACCUCCACUCAGAGCGCAUCUACGGCAGCCUCCUUCUUCAUCAGGGCAGCUCAGAAGCUGAACCUCUCGUCCAAGCGGAAGAAGCACCAGUCUCCCUCUCUGCUGCAUUCCGGAGCCCAGCAGCCCUCCAUCUACCCCACCAACUUCAGUGGCACCCUGCAGCUCUCACCGCCCCCCGCCCCACCAUGCCUGCUUCACGCCGUCUCAAAGGUCAAGGAGAACCCCGGGAUGGGAAAGGUGAAAGUGAUGAUGCGUAUCUGCCCCUCCCUGGAGGCUCCUGAUUCGUCCGAGUCCAUGUCCUUCCUGAAGGUGGACCCCAGGAAGAAGCAGUUGACCCUUUACGACCCCUCAGUCAACGACCACGCCAAUUCAGGGCACAGGAGAGCAACCGUGGCCAUCCCAAAGAUCUUCGCUUUCGACGCAGUGUUUACCCAGGAUGCCUCUCAAGCGGAGGUGUGCUCAGGGACGGUGUCUGAGGUCAUCCAGUCCGUGGUGAAUGGUGCGGACGGCUGCAUCUUCUGCUUCGGCCACGUCAAGCUCGGCAAGACGUUCACCAUGAUUGGCAAAGACGGCUCCACCCAGAGCCUUGGCAUUGUGCCCUGCGCCAUCUCCUGGCUCUUCAAGCUCAUCAACGAGCGCAAGGAGAAGACGGGCACGCGCUUCUCUGUCCGCGUGUCUGCCGUGGAGAUCUGUGGGAAGGACGAGGCUCUGAAGGACCUCCUGUCUGAGGUGUCCAUAGGAAGCAUGCAGGAUGGACAGUCCCCAGGGGUCUACCUGCGUGAGGACCCCAUCUGUGGCACUCAACUUCAGAACCAGAGCGAGCUCCGCGCCCCCACGGCGGAGAAGGCAGCCUUCUUCCUGGAUGCAGCCAUCGCAGCACGCAGCACCAGCAGGCCAGACGCAGAUGAAGAGGAGAGACGCAACUCUCACAUGCUGUUCACACUGCACAUCUACCAGUACCGCAUGGAGAAGAGCGGCAAGGGAGGCAUGUCGGGCGGGCGGAGCAGGCUGCACCUUAUAGACCUGGGGAGCUGUGAGAAGGUGCUAAGUAAGAGCAGAGACGGAGGGGGAGGCCUGUGUCUGUCUCUCACCGCGCUGGGCAAUGUUAUCAUGGCUUUAGCCAAUGGAGCCAAGCAUGUACCUUACAGGGACAGCAAACUGACGAUGCUGCUGAGAGAGUCGCUGGGGAACAUUAACUGCAGAACCACCAUGAUCGCCCACAUCUCUGACUCCUCUGCUAACUACGCUGACUCCCUCACCACCAUCCAGCUGGCCUCACGCAUCCACCGCAUGAGGAAGAAGAAGUCCAAGUAUGCAUCCAGCUCCUCUGGAGGGGAGAGUUCCUGCGAGGAGGGGAGGAUCCGUCGGCCGGCCCACCUCAGACCCUUCCACCCCCGGACGGUAGCCCUGGACCCGGACCUGCCCUCCCUGCUCAGCGACCCAGACUACUCCUCCAGCAGCGAGCAAUCCUGCGACACCGUUAUCUACGUGGGUCCAGGCGGCGCCACCAUCUCUGAUAGGGAGCUGAGUGACAACGAGGGCCCCCCUGCCUUCGUUCCCAUCAUCCCCUCUCUGAACAGGAAGCGUUCUGGGAAAGAGGGCCCCCUGGACAGAGACCACUUCUUCAUGUGCAACACGUUUGCUGAGCUGCAGGAACGCCUGGAAUGUAUUGACGGCAGCGAGGAGCCUACAGCGUUCGUUGGAGAGGGUAGGGGAAGUCAGGCUAGCCCACAGAUAGACAGCAAGGCAAAGGAAGGCCCUGGCUCAGCUUCCCUAAAGACUGUAACUAAAGCCUCCUUCUCCCAGGAGAAUAUCUCACCCAAACUUCCUCCUAAAUCUGUAGCCACUCCGCCAUCCAGCAGCCCCCAGGUAAGCCCCUCAAAGUCUAAACUGGAACAUUCCAGAGGGGUUUCAGAGAGCGUGUGCAGAACGAGUGCUGAUGGUGAGAAGGUGAUGAUGUCAGAGAGCCGGGCUAGCUCAAUCGAACAGGAUGUGGCCUUGGUGCCAGCCUCUGAGCCAGUGGUGCGGGAGAAGGUCUACUUCAACAAGAAGCCCUUACCCAAGCCUGCUCCCCCUCCCCCACAGCAGAGAGACUCACGCAGAGGCAACGGAGAGGUAGAGGAGAGGUCCACCACUAGAAUGCCGCCCAUGGGAAUGAGCCAUCAGACUGGGAAACGGGGGGAGUCUCUACCUUUUCUUGGUAGAGCCCAGGCCAGGGAACCAGUAGAGGUGUGCCAGCUGCGCUCCACCCUGAGAGAGAAGUGCCUGGACAGGGACAUCCUCCGGGCUACGGUGACCCUGCAGCAGCCUGUAGAGCUGAACGGAGAGGAUGAGCUGGUGUUCACUGUGGUGGAGGAGCUGUCCAUCGGCAGCAUCAUAGACAACGGUCGGCCCUCCAGCAUCAUUAGCUUCAACAGCGACUGCUCCCUGCAGGCCCUGGCCUCCGGCUCCCGGCCCGUCAGCAUCAUCAGCAGCAUCAAUGAUGAGUUUGACGCCUACACGUCAGCUGUGGGGGGUGCAGUCAACAUUGAGGUGCGCACCCCCUUACAGGAUGACGCAUUUGUGUGUGUGGGCAGCAGGGGCUCGUCCAUCAGCUCCUGGCUCAGUGAGGUCAGCGUCUGUACUCUGGAGAGUGAAGGGGCCCACUCGGCAGACGUCUUCCUCCCACAGACUAAGCACAUCGGCCCAGAAGGCACCUUGUAUCUGGAUUCCCUGGGUAUGUUUCACUGUGAAUCAUCCCCAAGGGACACCAAGAACUCCCUGAAUGACAGCGGCUUUAGCUUUUCUGAACUGGACAGUGACAGCGCAGUGUCUAGCAAACUGUCCCUGACAAAGUGCCCUCCGUCUCCCGAGUCAACCAAAGGAUCCCUCAGAUUCCCACCCAAAACAGCGAAAGUGAACUUUCUCAGUUCCUCUUCACAACCCUCCCAGGGCCCUUACAUAGUCCACUCCAGUCUGCCCAGGAAAAUGAAACCUACCUCAUCCAUCACCCAUAGUAACAGCAACAGCAGCAGUCGUGAACCACAGAGACAGGAAGUCAAGCAGGAGGACCCCUGGCAGCGCAUUGACAACCACUCUGAACCUCAGCUCCCAGUCUCCAGCGCCACUGCCACCAGCAAGCUCCCCAGAACCCCAGUGAGUGGCAUUCCCUGCCGAAAAGCUGGUGUUUUCAACAGCAACAGCGUACCUCGCCAGCCCAAGGUGCAGGGCUCUACCUCAGCCCAGAGGGUCGUGGACGGCUGUGAGAAGUCGCCCAGCAAGAAAGCAGGGUCCCCCAGCAAGAUGCCUCAGCUCAGACGAGGGGCCACCACCCUAGGCAUCGUGCCUGUCAUCCAUGCCUCCCCAGAGACCAAGGUCACCACCCAGGACAUCACAGCUACAACCAACAGUCUCAAGUUCUCCUCUCUGGGGAAAAAUGGGAAGACCAAUGGGCAGAAAGCCAGCAUGCUCCCCAAACCUGGUGGUAACUCACCUCCUCCCCCCCCAGUGCGCAAAUCCAGUCUGGAUCAGAAGAACAAGACCCUGCUGCACCAAAGUGCCUUAAAGUCUGCGUAUGGAGAAGCAGGGAGGCCCUUACUCACCAGGGGGACAGUGUCAGAGGAUGAGCUAGAGGUCCGCUGCAGAGGAGACUCCAACAGCCUCAAAACAUCCAGCCUCAGGGGUGACUACACCUCGGCCAAAGCCACGUCCAGCCUGAAGGCCAGAGGGGAUGCUGGACAGAAGCAUUACGGCAGUCAAAUGUCUCUGGAGAGAUGUGACAGCAUGUCCAUGGUGGGCUCCAAACCCACCCUCAGCCGAGAGAACAGUGGGGCCAGCCUGGGCAGCAGCAUAUCCAGCAGGCCAAUUCCCAGACUUGGUUUACCCAUCUCAAGCAGCUCUGCCAUUGCUACCUCCCCACCUUCCCCAUGUGGCGCCACAGGUGCUCUAGGUAAACCUGGGCAGGUCAAAGGUAGUGUUAACCCCAGAGUAGUAGGAGCGGUCAAUGGAAGUAAGGCCCGUUUCUUGUCAGCGAGCAACUCUAAAGGCCUGAGCUCCUCCACCAAGUCCCUGGCAGCUCCAGCCACCAGGAACCCAAAUGCCAACCUCCCCCCAACUGGUAAGACCUCCGCCCCUCGGGCCACCGCAGCCGUCAACAGCAAGCCUGGCCGGGGCACUAUCAUGGGCACCAGGCAGGCCAUGCGGGCAGCCAACAGCCGGGUCAGUGAGCUGGCAUUAGGCAGCAUAUCAGGCAAACACAUGAGGGGCUCAGGGGACUCUGAUAGUGGUAAUGACAGUGGGGUGAACCUGAGUGAUGACAAGUCCCCUGUGGCCAUGCUGCCCUCCCCCUACAGUAAGAUCACAGCCCCCAGGAGGCCGCAGCGCUACAGCAGUGGACACGGCAGUGACAACAGCAGUGUUCUGAGUGGAGAGUUGCCCCCAGCCAUGGGCCGAACAGCCCUCUUCUACCACAGCGGGGGCAGCAGUGGUUAUGAGAGCAUGAUCCGUGACAGCGAGGCCACAGGCAGUGCAUCCUCUGCACACGAAUCCAUGAGCGAGAGUGGGAUGUCUUCCUCAGGCCGCCCCAGGACCUCCAAGUCCCCGAAGAAACGCAAUGGGCUCCAGCGACGGCGGCUCAUCCCGGCCCCCCUGCCAGACACCUCAUCCCUGGGGAAGAAGACUGGCACAGCUGGCCAGUGGGUGGAUCUGCCGCCCAUGUCAGGACCACUAAAGGAGCCCUUUGAGAUUAAGGUGUAUGAGAUCGAUGAUGUGGAACGGCUCCAGAGGAGGCGUCAGGAGGACUCAGCCGAGGGGCUGCUGUACUUCAACAGUAAGCUUAAGGUUCUGGAGCGGCGGUAUCAGCAGAUCAGGGAGCUGAAGGUCAAACACGAGACCCUGAAGGAAGAGCUAGAGGACACCAAGACCCGGCUGAUGAUGGACCCUUGCAAGUGGAUAGGAGAGUUUGAGGUGGACCAGGAUUUGGACAAGGAGUCCCAGGAGUACCUGGAGGCCCUGAGUCAGGUCACAGAGGAGCUGGAUUUCUGUGUCAACAUAUGCAAGUCACGUGUCAUGAUGGUGACGUGCUUCGACAUCAGUGUGGCAUCACCGCCUGACACUCAAGAGGGACUUCGAGAAGUGGAAGUCUGAGAAGGUGCGAAAUGAGAGAUGGGUAAUCCAGAAAGUGAGAAAGGAAUGAUGAUGAAAUGUAGCAGCCAGUUCAUAUUGCUGGAAUGAAGUGACAAGAAAAACUAAAAGACAAACAGGACGAGGGUCUUUGCAUGAAGACAGAGGAGAUCUGAACCGACUUAUCUACAGUGCCUCGUUGUUCUGGACAUGUUCUUGUUGGAAUGGGAGAGAAACGUGUGCACAGACAACAACGGUGUCUGUGUUUCCUGCAUGAUGAGAGAGAGGCCAUCAUUUACCCAAGAGUCAUUCAACGACAACCAGAAGUGCCUUUUUCACUCAACUUAUUUUGAGUCAUAAUUUUUUGUAUGGUGCUAGUAUCAUAACCAGCAUACCUAAGCAAAC